CGCUCCUACCAGCGCACUUCCGGAGAACGGGAGGGGGCGUGGUGUGGCGUGGCGACGGGGUCGCGCGAGGGACAGUCGGCUCCUGUACUCCGUCUGCGUUGAGGGGAGAGGUGACCUGGCCGUGCUGGCUACUCGUACCCGGGGAAAUGCUGAAAGCUCAGGCACUGAGGAGGGACCCCGGCGGCGCUGGGAUGCUCGAGCCCUUAGAGGGCCGGGACGAAGAGCCAAGGCCGGUUCUCAGGGGCCACUAAAGGCCUCGUGAGGUUGAGCCCAGCGCCACUUCUCCGAGCAGUCAGGCCGGCCGGACGCUCCCGAGCCCAGGCCGGUUGCCUCUGUCUUGUCAGGAUUCAGGGUUUGGGAAUCUCCCGAUGACGCGCCUGCCUCCGCUGCUGCACCGUAGGCCCGGGAGUGCCUUGCCGUGUCCCCAAGCUGGGACCAGCGGGCUCUCCUUAAAUGAUUGUCCAAUGGAGAAGUGGUGAACCCGAUGUCGGGGAGAGGUGGGGAUAGGGAAAGUAACGGGCCAGAGGGGAGUCCUUAAGAAGUGCCACAGUCACGUGUGCGUUUCAAAAGAAGGGCCAUGACUGAGUAGGGAAGGGACCCAUGUGGACUCUCAGACCGUGGACUAAGUGGAGGAGGGACCUUGAACUCUGAGUCCGGAAAGCAGGGGGCAGCUUUCAAAUGAACAGCACAGUCCCAUCUCUCUGACUUUGCUCCAGCGGUUCCCUUCACCCGGAUACAACGUUGUCUCCAUUUCUCCACUUGUGGGGAUCCUGAUCUACCACCUCCUCAGAGAAGCCCUCCUGGGUUCUCCAAUUGCAGCUUAUUGCUCCCUCCUCUCCACCCCCAACACCCUCUUCGGACCUGUGACUACAAGGACAGUGAAUGCAGUGAUUUCAGGUUUAAGGACAGGAUGCUUGAUAUGGCAGAGGGACUGCAAAAGCCUCGCAGCCCCUUCCUCGGAGUCCAAAGGGGGCCCGAGCAGAAGAGAAGAGGCCACGCCGCCCCUGCUAGCCAUUGGCUCCCCAAGUGACCUGUGCCCGCUCGUCCCAAUCUCCUGCCAACCCACCUUGCCCUGCCCCAAUGCCACGCGCCCCAGCUGCUCCCCGCCCUGUGCAAACUCCGUGCCGGUGAGACAUCAAUCCGCGAUCCGCGGCAGGACCGGCCCAGGCAGCCUCCGAGAAAAGCAGCGCGCCCGCCCGCAGCGCAAAGGAAGACCUGCGAGUAGACCAUGCCCCGCGAGCAGACCAUGCGGCUGGACCAACUUCGCGCGCGGCUGAGCGCCCUGGCCUGUGGGCUCCUGGUUCUCCUCGUCCGGGGCCAGGGGCAGGACUCUACCAGCCCCAUCCGGACCACGCACAUGGGGCAGGUGCGAGGGAGCCUCGUCCACGUGAAGGGCACCGAUGUGGGGGUCCACAGCUUCCUAGGAAUUCCCUUUGCCAAGCCACCUGUAGGGCCACUGCGAUUUGCGCCCCCUGAGCCACCAGAAUCUUGGAGUGGUGUGAGGGAUGGGACCUCCCACCCAGCCAUAUGUCUUCAGGACGUCACUGCAAUGAAUGCAAGGGCUCUGAAGCUUUUUAAUAAGACCAUGCCUUCUACACCCAUGUCCGAGGACUGCCUGUACCUCAGCAUCUACACACCUGUCCAUGCACAUGAGGGCUCUAACCUGCCUGUGAUGAUGUGGAUCCACGGUGGGGGGCUUAUUGUGGGCAUGGCUUCCAUGUAUGAUGGUUCUGCGCUGGCAGCCUUUGAGGACGUGGUGGUUGUCACUAUCCAGUACCGCCUGGGUGUCCUGGGCUUCUUCAGCACUGGAGACAAGCACGCACCCGGGAACUGGGGCUACCUGGACCAAGUGGCUGCACUACGCUGGGUCCAGCAGAAUAUCGCCCAUUUUGGAGGCAACCCUGACCGUGUCACCAUUUUUGGUGGGUCUGCGGGUGGCACAAGUGUGUCCUCACAUGUCAUAUCCCCCAUGUCACAAGGGCUCUUCCAUGCUGCCAUCAUGCAGAGUGGUGUGGCCCUGGUGCCUGGCCUCAUCAACAGUUCAUCUCAUGCAGUUUCCACGAUGGUGGCCAACCUGUCUGCCUGUGACCCGGUGGACUCCAAGGCCCUGGUGGGCUGCCUGCGGGCCAAGAGUGAAGAGGAGAUUCUGGCUAUUAACAACCCCUUCAAGGUAAUCCAUGGUGUGGUGGAUGGGGCCUUCCUGCCCAGGCACCCACAGGAGCUGCUGGCCUCUGGUGAUUUUCAACCCAUCCCCAGCAUCAUUGGUGUCAACAGCGAUGAGUUUGGCUGGGUGAUGCCCGAGAGCUUGGACAUGAUUCUCACCCAGAAGGAAGUGGACAGAGAAGCCAUGCUGGCUGUUCUGCAGAAAACAUUAGCACACAUGAUGUUGCCUCCUGAAAUGGGUGACCUGUGUAUGAAGGAGUACCUAGGGGACAACGAGAACUCUCAGACCCUCCAAGCCCAGUUCCAGGAGAUGAUGGGGGAUGCCAUCUUCGUGAUGCCUGCUCUCCGAGUAGCACAUUUUCAGUGUUCCCAUGCCCCUGUCUACUUCUAUGAGUUCCAGCAUCGUCCCUCCUUCUUCAAGGACAUCAAGCCACCCCAUGUGAAGGCCGACCAUGGCGAUGAGGUUGUCUUUGUCUUUGGAAGCUCCUUCUGGGGCAGCCACAUCACUGAGGAGGAGGUGCUGCUGAGCAGGAAGGUGAUGAAGUACUGGGCCAACUUUGCUCGAAAUGGGAACCCCAACAGCGAGGGUCUGCCCCACUGGCCCGUGUUUGACCAGGAGGAGCGAUACCUGCAGCUGAAUAUACAGCCUGCGGUGGGCCAGGCCCUGAGGGCCCACAGGUUCCAGUUCUGGACAAAGACCAUACCCCAGAAGAUCCAAGAGCUAAUGGAGGCUGAGAAGCAUGUGGAACUGUAGCUCCCCCUGUCGGGGGGUGAGUGGUGGGUGUGAGUGUAGGGAGAUCUGUCUGAUGUGCUCACACACACCCCCACUGAAUAGCCAUGGUUGAUUCGUUCUUACAUACAGCCAUCUGUUCAUUCUACCAUCCGUCCAUUCAGUAAAUGUUUAUUAAACACCUACUGUAAGA